AUGGACAGCCCUUCCUCAGCGGACACCCAAACCUUGGCGGAGACCGUUGGAGCCAAGCCCUGCAAGAAGCAGCGCCUAGAGGAGAAGCUUCCUGUCGAGGGCGCAAUCGUCAUCUCAUCGGGGAAUCCUGCACAUGCGGUGGCGAACACGGCUGGUGCGAACGACGCUGCGAUGGAGGACCGCGUCGGAGCGCAGGUGAAGCAGCUUCCACCCGCGGUGAAGAGUGACGACCAGUUGGAUGACUGGGCUGAGUUGCCAUCGUCCUUCGAGUAUGAGUUAUGCAAAUAUCCUGACGCCAUCGAAGGGUCUGUGACCAACUCGACGGGCUACCUCAACGCACAGUUGGGGGCGAUCAACACCGCCCUCGAGAAGGUGUCCGCGGUCCUGCUGCCCCUGCAGCGGAUGCACGCGAGCAAGUACCAACCAACUGUUAAACCCAAGGCGAAGGGCAAGGCGAAGGCCGCGAAGGCCUAG